GCGGGCGGCGCGGCGGGGUCCGGGACAGAGACUUGCAGCGAGCGGGAGCCGACGACUGGGUUGGGGCGCAGGUGUCCCUGUUCAGCUGGACUAGAAGGGCCCAGGUUGGAAUGAGAAGGUACUCCAGCCGUGGGCUGCGCGAGAGGUGGAACGCUCCUUGGAGGGACCUUCUGUUAUGUGUGUCCCUGUCCUUUUGAGGCGUGGAAGGUGCCCAGGACCCAGCCAGCAACCAGUUGAAGACGUUCUCUUUGGAAGAGAGCCCCACGGCCUCUCGCUGGGGGUGCUGGUCCUGUCAUGGCGUUUCGGAGGACUGAGGGCAUGUCCAUGAUCCAGGCGCUGGCCAUGACCGUGGCUGAGAUCCCUGUGUUCCUAUAUACGACAUUUGGACAGUCUGCAUUCUCCCAGCUGCGGUUGACGCCAGGCCUGCGGAAGGUCCUCUUUGCCACAGCCCUGGGGACUGUGGCCUUGGCCCUGGCCGCCCACCAGCUGAAGAGGCGUCGGCGGAAGAAGAAGCAGGUCGGCCCCGAGAUGGGAGGAGAGCAUCUGGGCACGGUGCCCCUCCCCAUCCUCAUGGCCAGGAAGGUUCCGUCGGUGAAGAAAGGCUACUCCAGCCGGAGGGUACAGAGCCCCAGUAGCAAGAGCAAUGACACUCUGAGCGGCAUCUCCUCCAUCGGGCCCAGCAAGCACUCAGGCUCCUCCCACAGCUUGGCCUCGAUGGUGGCGGUGAACUCAUCCAGCCCCACAGCUACAUGCUCGGGACCAUGGGACACCAGAGGGAUGGAGGAGUCUGUGACCAACAACGAUGGCAACGCUGAGAGCCUCUACAUGCAAGGCAUGGAGCUGUUCGAGGAGGCUCUGCAGAAGUGGGAGCAGGCACUGAGCGUGGGGCAGAGGGGGGACAGCGGCAGCACCCCUACACCGGGGGACAGCCUCCGGAACCCUGAGACUGCUUCAGAGGCACUGUCUGAGCCUGAGUCACAGCGAAGGGAGUUUGCAGAGAAGCUGGAAUCCCUGCUGCACCGGGCCUACCACCUGCAGGAGGAGUUUGGGUCCACCUUCCCAUCCGACAGCAUGCUGCUGGACCUCGAGCGGACCCUCAUUCUGCCCCUGACCGAGGGCUCGCUGCGCCUGCGGGCGGACGAUGAAGACAGCCUGACCUCAGAGGAUUCCUUCUUCUCUGCCACCGAGCUCUUUGAGUCCCUGCAGGUCGGAAAUUACCCAAUCCCACUCUCCAGGCCUGCUGCCGCCUAUGAGGAGGCCCUGCAGCUGGUGAAGGAGGGCAAAGUGCUCUGCCGGACCCUCAGGACAGAACUGCUGGGUUGCUACAGUGACCAGGACUUUCUGGCCAAGCUGCAUUGUGUGCGGCAGGCCUUCGAGGGCCUUCUGGAAGACAAGAGUCACCAGCUCUUCUUUGGAGAGGUCGGCCGGCAGAUGGUGACAGGCCUGAUGACCAAGGCUGAGAAGAGCCCCAAAGGCUUCCUGGAGAGCUACGAGGAGAUGUUGAGCUACGCCCUGCGGCCGGAGACCUGGGCCACCACGCGGCUGGAGCUGGAGGGCCGAGGGGUUGUGUGCAUGAGCUUCUUUGACAUCGUGCUGGACUUCAUCCUCAUGGACGCCUUCGAGGACCUGGAGAACCCCCCAUCUUCGGUGCUCGCUGUCCUGAGGAACCGCUGGCUGUCAGACAGCUUCAAGGAGACGGCCCUGGCCACAGCUUGCUGGUCGGUCCUGAAAGCCAAAAGGAGGCUGCUGAUGGUGCCUGAUGGCUUCAUCUCCCAUUUCUACUCCGUAUCGGAGCACGUUAGCCCUGUCCUAGCCUUCGGCUUCCUUGGUCCCAAGCCUCAGCUCUCUGAAGUCUGUGCUUUCUUUAAGCACCAGAUUGUGCAGUACCUGAGGGAUAUGUUCGACCUGGACAACGUGCGCUACACUUCGGUGCCAGCCCUGGCAGACGACAUCCUCCAGCUGUCCCGGCGCCGCAGUGAGAUCCUGCUCGGCUACCUGGGGGUGCCAGUGGCCAGCAGCAUUGGCCUGAACGGUGUGCUGCCCCGAGAGAACGGGCCCCCAGAGGAGCUGCAGUAGUGGCAGGUGUGGGCUCUGGGAGGGCCUCUGGGCCUCGUUCACGUGGGUGACGGCAGAGAGAAGGCCGCCCCCUCCCCUCCUUUGGGUUGGCAUUGGAGGCCUGGGUGUCUGUGGCCACCAGCAGUGGCAGAGUCCAGGCCAUGGUGGCCAAGGGCACCUACCCUGACCUUGCCCCAUUCUCCCAACCUCCAUCAGCUGGGAAUCCCCAAGUCCCGGGGGGCAAACUUCCUUGGAGAGGGAUGGCACCCCUGGGGGCCCACAUGACUACCCUCAGCUCUUCCUGGGGGAAGAAGAAGCUGGACCAGUGGCCUGUGGAGCCUGAGGGAGAGGACCAUGUUGUGAGGAGAACUGGGAUAGGCAGAGAUGGGCUUCCCUGGGCGUGGGUCCCCAAGCUCAGGGCUGCCGAUAAGUGGGACUGGGAGGGUGGAGGUGAAAGAGGGUGGCAGGGCUCUCUGGUGAGGGUAUGUGGGCUGGACCGUCUCAGAAUCCAGGCAUCUGGCUGGUCAGUCCUGACGGCCCACCACCACCCUAGACAGUUUCCACCUCCAAAUGGAGGGUGGGGACCACCUUGGUGGGCGGCACCUGGACGGGUCUGCUCUCCUGCCAUGUCUGGGUGGGUUACAGGCCCUUGACAAACUCAAGGACUAAACCAGGAUGCUGCCAUUCCCUCGCCCUGCCAAAGACUGUCAUUUCUCUUCCCACCUCUGCCACCACCACCGAUGGAGGAGGUGGGGCUGGUCCUCCCGCCCCUGCCCCCUCCCUCAGUGAGCCCGGAACUCCCUGGCUGGUGCUAGGCACUGAGCUGGAGGCUCUGCGGUCAUCUCAGGCCUGUCACCUGUGCUGCUGUUGGUGGCGGCCCCAGGAGUGAGGGGCCCCCAGGACCACGUUGGGGGAGGUCAGAGGAUGUAGGCCGCUGGACCAGCAUUUGGACGAAAAAUAUACCUGGCACUUUGCCUUCAACUCGACGCACAAACGCUCUCAAGCCGUGGAGUGGCGGGGGGCCCGCCUCCCCACUGGUCCUGCAGAGGAAGGCUGGGUGGCCUUUGCCCCCACAUCACAGGAUUUCUGUCAGCCCUGCAGACCCAAUUCUAGUGUUUUCACCUGGGGUGGGAUGUUUUAUUUAUUGCCUUAACACUUUAUUUUGAGGUCUGCCCCUUUCCAGGUUGGGAAACCCAGGAGAAAAACUGACUCCUGGUUGUCCACACUCUGGAGCUGGGCCUGGUUCCUCAGACCGGGAUCCCUCUGCCGUGAAUGGCAAAGGGGUCCCAGGGGUGGGGUGAUCUCAUCCACCUGGGGCAGGAGGGAGGAGGGUGGGAGAUGGGUGAUGCUGGGCAUGGCCCAUCAUCUCUGAGCCCACCCCUGUCCCCUGCUUGGUCGCUCCUGCCCCCCAGCCUGUAGGACCGUGUGCACUAACCACAGUUCUGGCUCCACACCCACCUCUCCUGGGUGGGAGGACCGGGGUGGCCCUCCUUCAUCCUGACAUUCCGUUCGUUUGCACUUCCCCUUCGCUAUGAAUGUAAUCCUGGGCCUGGGCCCCAGCUGCUCUGAUUUGCUCCCGAAUCGCACAGAAAUGGCAUCUUCAUUUUGUCUUUGUUUACACGUCUACGCACUUGCCUCUGGCACUUGAUUUGCUGAGCUUCCAACUUUUGUAUGGUAGAGCGUAUGUGCAUCGACUCUGGGUCAAAUAAAUGAUUUCCUUCUA